AUGCUAGAGAAGCUGGACACCAUGAAUUCUCCGUGGAAUACCCCCGUUCGCUCUGCUGAAGCGAGCCCAUUGGGGUUACUCGAGGAGGGAGCUGUGCGCUCUUCGGUCCUUCUCCUGGAGUUGCAAUCUCCUGUUGAAGCAGCGUGGCCGGAUUUAAUGUCACGGUUGGAGAAGUUGAGGACAGGAAGGUACCUAUCAUACAAGAACGGGACGCGACUAGUUUUGAGACCUAUCACCGUCGUGAUUUCAAGCAAAAAUCUAUCUUAUCUGGAUCGAACCAACGUUGGAGAAUCAGAAGUUAUCUUCUUUGACACCUCACUGAAAUCGUUGACUCGAACGCAUCACACAGAAGAUGGUGAAGGAACCGAUGGCGACGACGAAGCCGCAAACCAUGCUACCAAAGCCUUUCUGGCAGGGAACUCGACAACAAGGAGUGUCAUGGCAACUGCCGAUUUCCAAGCAUCUGUCGGCCUCCCCCGUCGGGGCCGAUUCUCCAAAGAGCAGAUUGAGAUGAUUCGGGCGCAAGUGCGUGCUGCUCACCAGCAUGGACUGCUGGCACGGUAUACCGGCAUCCAGUGCCGUCCGCGACGAUUACGCAGGUUGAUCUUGCGACUGUUAGCUCAGGAAGGGGUUGAUUUAAUUGAGAAUGACCAGAACGAUUGCGAGCGACCGUGGUGGAACUCGUCCUGGAGGAUGGUGAAGUUAGCAGGAGAGUACCUGAAUUUCUAG